AUGGAUCAAAUUGAAUUCAAAACACUGGAUGAAUUCAUUAGACUCUUUCACAAAAAGGUGUCGACAUUCACGACAUCUGAAAUGUUGAUUUAGUUGUAACAUUUGGCGCAAAUUCUAAGCGAAAAAUAAAUAUAGACUGAAGCUAAGAAUGAUUGUUUUUUUAAGAGAUGGAGUGAAAUCAAAAUGCCUAUAAGUUUGAUAACAUUUGAUUUCAUCUCUUAACUAUUCGUAAUCUACACCAAAGUUAACGAAACCUUGAAAGAAGAUAUUUUAUUAGAUUUUAUAUGGCCACUGAUUGUCUAUGAAUUCGAAGAUAAAAAAGUGGUAGUUGAAUAUUUCACCAUUUUGAAAACCAUUUACGAUAGAAAGUACAGGGAAUUACUUAAGAGUUUUGGAAUAUUGGAGAUAGUCAAAUACAUGCUUAAAACAACCGAAAUUGAUGAUAUGAUUUGUUGUGAAUAACACAAUAAUAAAGAAAACCCAUAAUAAACCAUAACUCAAGAAACUCAAACUAAAAUAGAUCAAUUUGGAUUGUUCAUCAACGACAUCUUCAAUCAAAUGAUUAAUGAUUUAAAAUAAUCCACAGGAAACAACCUCACCGAUCUAGAAUAACUAUUUGGAAUCUCAGUUCAUCAAUUACUCUCCUAUUGUACCAAGGAUCACAAUUACUGUUAAGUUCAAACCUUGUUAAUCAUUCUCCUAAAUCAAUUACCCUUAGUUAAUGCAGACGUAAUUCAGAAAGUAUUCUAAAACUUUGAGGCCAUCAGUUUUAUCGUCCUAUUAUAUAAUUCGACAACAUCUUAAGUACUUCAAGUCUACUGCAUUAAAUUAUUUCAAGUGAUCACGAACAAGAACCCUUCGAUUAUAUAAAAACUUAUUUUGAGUAUGAUACCAUCCUCUAAAAAUACGAAGUUUAUUGAGAAUUUACAUUCUGAACCACUCAUUUGUGCAAUAUUGGAAUGGCUUUUGAACAUUCCUAUUACAAUCAAAAUAACUGAAUAUCAAAUGUUUGAUGAAAAACUAACAUUCAAGAAUCAUGAUGUUAUGGAAUUAACUCUAAACUAUUUGUACCUCUGUCCUGUCAUGAUGAAACAAUAAUUGAUAACUACCUUGUACACAUUAAUGAGAAAUAACAAAGAAAAUUAAUUAUUUUUGUUAUCCAAUAAACACUUCUUAAGUACAUUUCCAAAAUUCUUAAUGGGUCUUUAAGAUGAGGAUUUACUAGAAACUGAUGAGAGUCAAAAUUCAUUACAAAAAUCAAUUUACGAUACAAGUUUAAAACUAAUAUCAACAGUGUUUAUGAACUAAUUCCAAAAUGGCAAAAUUGAUAUGCUAUUUUAAUGGCUUAAAUUAGCUGAGUUAGAACAUCUCAAAUAGAAGAAUGAAGAUAUUGAUGGAUUCAAAGAUCCCAGAACUCCUAACUAUUUUAUUAGGUAAUUGAUUACAUACGUUUUUAAUAAUAUACUUAAAAGCUCAAUAUUGAACACAUCUGAAUUAUCAAAUGAAUUAUUGUGGAGAGGAUUUCAUUUAUUUAUUGCAUCUUUCUUGGCUAUCAUCACAAAAGAUUUAAUUCAAUAAGAUGAGAAUAUAUCUAAAUUAAUAGGGAAAAAGGUAACAUACAGUCCUCAAUUGUUAAUGAUCACUUGUAAAUAUAUUUAAUAAGAAUUUAGAAUUAUUUGA